AACCCGAGUCCUAAAAACCUUGGCGAAGAAUGUGGUACAUUGAGUGAUGAAGAAAAAGAUUUUGAAAUUGACUAUGUACAUGAUUCUGUUGGCUCAGCUAUUCCUGUGCCAUCAAGUCCUGCUGCUGUGUUCAAUUUUAGUGAUAAUCUCUCACCAAUUUUCAAAGAGUCACCAUGUAAGGGCUCAGCAGGAAAUAACCCAGGUACUCUUGGUGAUAUUGUCCAAAAUCUCAUCACAGCCUUCAAAAGUAUAGCAUGUCCCAAAGAUUAA